UGGGUCCUGCAUACUGGCCCCCAAAUGCUAGCUGGGUGUUGACCAACACCUGCCACUGGUUACUGUGACAUGACCUGAAAGAGAAACUGCUUUUAUCGAGGUCGGCUCAGAUCCCGUCUUUCUCCAAGGGCACCCUGAGUACCCACAUGCCCAGGGGGUCACUCACUGGGGUCAGGGCUCCGGGGAGGCCAGACUGCAGGAGCAGUGAGCUGGGUCUCGGGGGACGGUGCUUUGGGGUCAGAGGUUCCGCCUCACCUUGCGGCGGGGCGAUCACCAAGGUAGGCAGUCAAGGGAGACGCGCGUCCUAGUGGCGUGAAGGGACAGCCAUGGCCGGGGCCCUGCGCAGGCUGGCUGGGACACAGAGUUGCUCUCAGUAUCUUCUCCUAAUAGCUGUUGCCCUGGCCAUCUUCGGCUCUUGCUACCUGAAACCAGGAAUCCAGAAGCUGCGAAGCACCCUCUCAGGGCCAAGCACUGUUGUCAGAAAAAUGCACAGCCUGCAGAUUAUAAAAUUAUGGCAGCUGGUGUAUCCCCAGCCAGAUGUGCUGACGCCCUCUCGGGGAGACGUGCUGGUCGUGACCCCGUGGCUGGCUCCCAUCAUCUGGGAGGGGACUUUCAACACCAAAAUCCUGGACCACCAGUUCCGGCUCCAGAACGCCACCAUCGGCCUCACUGUGUUUGCCCUGGGAAGCGACGUGUCCUGCCUGAGGGUGUUCCUGGAGACCGCGGAGAUGUUCUUCAUGGCGAACCACAGAGUGAACUACUACAUCUUCACCGACCGGCCGGACUCGGUCCCCGACGUGAGCCUGCAGCCCGGCAGGCGCACCGUGGUCCUCGAGGUCCCGGGCCUGGCCGGGGGGCAGAACGCGUCCACGCAGCGAAUGCAGCUGCUCAGCGCCUUCUCCAGGGAGCGCUUCCAGCGGGAGGUGCGCUACCUCGUGUGCGCCGACGUGAGCUCGAAGUUCAGCAACCACGUGGGCGUGGAGAUCCUGUCCUCGCUGUUCGCCGCCCUGCACCCCGGCUACCUGGGGCGCAGUCGGAAAUCCUUCCAGUACGAACGCCGGCCCCAGUCCCAGGCCCACAUCCCCAAGGGCCAGGGCGACUUCUAUUACACAGGCUCCUUCUUCGGGGGGUCGGUGCUGGAGGUGUACAGGCUGACCAGGGCCUGCCACGAGGCCAUGGCGCUGGACCGAGCCAACCACGUGGAGGCCGUGCGCCGCGCCGAGAGCCACCUGAACAAGUACCUGCUGGCCCACAAGCCCACCAAGGUGCUCUCCCCCGAAUACACGUGGGAUGCGCGAAUGCUGGAGCGCUGCGGGGAAGCGCAGGCCCAGGUCUUGUCCAAAAUCACCAAGCAGAUCAAAUUCACCACUUGGCGGGAAAAGGACCAGACUCCAGAGUGAGGAGCGAAGCUUCCAGGGGGGAUGGAGAACAGGGUGAGGGCCAGGUAGCCUGAGUCUCCCCUGGCACGCAAUGCUUAAAUAAAACUAGUUUUAA